AUGAUAACCACGGAUGUUGCCUCAGAAAGCAACACUCAAGCGCUGCUGACAGUUUCUACUCCAUUUACAUCUGCAGAAUUGCCAAACAACAUGCAGCUGCGCUGGUCAAUCAUGAGUGUAUGGCUUGGGCAUGUUACAGUUGCAGUAACUCAUGGUUACUAUGUGGAAAGUGACUUGAUGUUUUUGAGAGGCACUUCCCCUCCUCCUUGUCCCAGAGACAGGGCUCUCCUGCUGGAGCAGCGGUUAUCCAGCCAGGAAAGAACCACGGCUUUCCUCCUCCAUCAGGCUUUCCAAAUCAAAGAUGACAUCAUCAUUUACCUCCAGGGAAGCAAAGGUUAUCAGCAUGGAGAGACUGCUGUCCAGCAUCUGCUGGAAAACCACAUCCAGACCAUUACAAGCAUUGUUAAAAAGCUCAGCCAGGACAUUGAGGUUUUGGAGUGGCAAAUCAGAACAAGGGAUGGUGCUGCAGCAGAAACUAAUUUUGUAGUUCAAACUCUGGACCAUAAAUACAGCCAGUGUCUUGGGGACCUGCGUGGAAGAGUGGCAAGAUGUGAGGCAAGCAUCGCGAAGCUGUCAGGAGACAUCAGUUUUAUCAGGCAUGAGGCCCAGAAGACUGAUAAAGAGAUCUAUGGCCUUCAUUCUACCCUCAAAAAUUGUGUUGCUGAUUUUGAAAAGAAGGUAAUGCAGCUAUUAGGGAAGAUAGAGACUUCCAACUCUGAUCAAAGCUCAAAUUUAAAGACAAUUCAGGGAGAUCAACAUCACAAAUUGCAACUUCUGGAUUUCAAGUUGGCAAGUGUUCUAAGUGACUUCAGGGAUCAGAUACAGACUCAUCGGAAGUGGACAGAAGCGCAGUUGACACGGUCCGAAGAAGAUCAAGCCCAGCAGAAGCAUCAGCUGCAUGACUUGGUGAAGAAAAGACUGGAAAGAGCAGAAAAAAGAGUAGAAGAAAAGCUCCUAUUUCUGUCACUAAAGUUAGAACAAAUGGAUAAACCACAGAAGUAUGAAAAGCAGUUGAACCAGCUGAUAACUGAUGAAAAAAACCUGCACGAAAGACUCACCAGAUCUGAAAGACAGAUCUGGAAGGAGAUUGAGGAAAUCCAAAAUGAAUACAGAGCAGGAUUUCAAUCUAUUAAUGAGUCUCUGGAGCUGCUCAGACAAAUACACAACGCAAAGCUGAAACUAGAAAAAAAGAAAAUUCAUAAAGACAUGAAAAAGGUACAACAGAAGUGA